AGGAAGAAGCAAUUGAAGAAGAAGACGAGGAGUUGAUGAAGGAGCAGGAAGAAGAGGUGGAGGAAGAAGCAGCCGAAGGAGAGGAGGAGGAGACAGUAGAAGAGAAAGAGGCUCGGGAAAAAAGCAAGGAAGAUGCUGGAGAGGAACAGGAAGAAGAAGGAGAAGAAGAGGCCAAGCCCAAACCAAACAGACUCUUUAUGCCCAACCUCGUGCCUCUCAAAAUCCCUGAUGGAGAGAAAGUUGACUUUGAUGAUAUCCACCGGAAGCGGAUGGAGAAGGACCUGAACGAGCUGCAGACCCUCAUAGUGGCGCACUUCGAGAACCGCAAGAAGGAGGAGGAGGAGCUCAUGAGCCUGAAGGAUAGAAUGGAGCAACGUCGGUCAGAGAGAGCUGAGCAGUUGAGAAUCCGGACCGAGAGAGAGAAGGAACGCCAGAACAGGUUUGCUGAGGAGAAAGCGAGGAAGGAGGAAGAGGAGGAUUUGAAGAGAGCCACUGAAGACGCCAAAAAGAAGAAGGUUCUGUCCAGCGUGCACUUCGGAGGCUACCUGCAGAAGACAGAGAGGAGGACAGGAAAGAAACAGACUGAGAGAGAAAAGAAGAAGAAGAUCCUGAGCGACCGGCGCAAGUCGCUGGACAUCGAUCAUCUGAAUGAGGAGAAACUGAAAGAGAAGGUUGAUGAGCUCAGCCAGUGUAUUUUUGAUCUGGAGGCUGAGAAGUUUGACCUGCUUGACAAAUUCAAGAAACAGAGAUACGAGAUUAAUGUUCUGAGAAAUCGAGUUAGUGACCACCAGAAGAUCACGAAAGGUGUCCGUGGAGGGAAAGGCAAGGUUGCGGGUCGCUGGAAGUAGAUGCAAGGCCACUGGAGCUGGGAAAGCCACAAGCCUGCCUUUAAAAUGAGACCACUCCAGUAUCCUUCACUGUGUGAGCUCUGGCACUGGGAAUGUCAUGUGUGAGAUUACUACUUUGUGUUAUCCACCACUUGUAAAUGCUUGUAAAUAAAAACUAUUAAAAAAACAUGAUUCUCUAAUAAUGGAAUGUUAAACACCUGUCUUAGACGACCACCCAUGGUUCUCUAGAACAUGAGAAAUUCCUGUAUGCUGAUGACCAACUUCACAACAAGAGGGUGUGUGAGGUUGUCUGGUUUAAUGCCUCGAUAGCCUGAAAUGAAAGCUAAACUGUAUUUUAAGAUAAAUGUAACCUAUUGCGUUGAAUUAAAAGACAGGCAUAGCUGCAGUAAAGUACGAAAAACAAGAAGAGAAUAAACCACUUUCUUGCUGGUCCUCUGUACAUGUUUCAUACAGGUCACAAAGUUAUGGUUCUGAACACAUGCUGAAUGCUCUAGGGUUUAAAGGGUGACAGUUUGAGGGUGAUUUGUAUUGCUGUAUGCACAUUUAAUGAAUUGGACCAGUUUCCUGAGUUGCAUAAAUCUGUCAAAAGGCUUUGUAAAACCUUAAGCAAUUACCUAUAGAAACAUUCCAUGCAGCAGUAAAACUGUUUACCUUGGCUCCAGGUGUGUCCCAGAGUGAAUAAAAGAUUGGGACAUUGUUUUGAUUUUCACACUCACUCUGAAGCACAUGUGCCAGCUCAUGAAGUCAGGCGAUAUCAUCUCUAUCAACUCCUGACACACUGUUCUGAUGAAUAGGGUUUACACUCCACCCACCUGCGGGUAGUGUCUGUGUGACCCACCUAGAUACUCUCCAGCUGUUGUCCUCCCCCUUCCAUGUAAAACCACAUGUGGGCUGAUCAGCUCUGGGGUAUUUUUUCUGUUCAUAAUAUAAAUGCACCUGCUGUUGGACCUCUUUCAGAUUGCUUCUGGCCAACUUUUAAACAGCUCUUGUUCUGUUCUUUAGCACAGCAUUAGCUUAUAAUGUGGUUGGGAAAAAAAUAAGGAAAACAAAUCCAUGUUGUCAAUAUUUUGCCUAAAGCCUUUGUUUUUAAUGAGCCUACUAUAAAACGUUCAUUUUUUUUUUUUUUUACUGUGGUGCUAAUUGUAACCUGCUAUGAAAGACACACUAAUGCAAUACAUAUAAUAGAUGACUAAAUAAAUCAGCAUCUUUGAAAGGCAUUUAUUUCAAAUUCAGGGCAAAUUGGAUACGAAAUGUAAGUAAUUUGAAUGCUCUCAUGGAAAAGUAAGUAGAAUGUCAUUAUCAGCCUGCAAUGACACUGUAACUGACUAUUGUGUCUCAUACCAUUGUAUUAACACUGUUUAGGAUAUGAAAAGGUAACACAUGAGGUACCAAUCCACCAUUUUAGCAGCCAUUCAGGAGCCUUAGGGCAGAACCAUCAAUGGUACCACCAUUGCACUGUGUUUCUGUUGAAGAUCAUUUGGUCAGUGCAUGGAAUUCUUUAUGAAACUUUAGAAUACUGGUUUUGAUUUGUUCUGAAGAAGCCAUUAAUAGCUGAAGUUGAAUUCAGGGCCUAUAAAAACAGCUGGUCUACAGUGAGAUCUGGCUUGGUAUGCUGUGUUGUUCAAAUACCUUAACAAUGCUUUUAUAACUUUGCCCUUCCAUUUACCAUCACGUUUGGGUGGCACACAUCAUGAUUAAGGCUGUAUUUAUCACAGAUUUCACGCUUUCCGUGAAAUGUACCCUUUGCCGUGUAAUAUGUAGGUCCCCGUGAAAAUUCUCAUUUCUGAAAGAAUAGUAUCAAUGUACAUAUUUGUAUCAAUUCAAAAUAAACACAGCAAACGGUU